AAGCCAGAGGAAGGCAGUGCGGCGUGGGGACAGACAUUGUAACUGGGAAUGCUCAUCAUAAGGGCGAUGCAGAUCCAGCCGAGGUGAACUUGCCUGCCUUCUCAUACCCGACAUUCAAGUACGGUGUUUUUAUUCUCCCGUUGGACUCCUUUUCAGAACACUACACUCCGCGGGGUGUGAUCUGUUUGGUCCGUAAUCCUUGACACUUUUCACCUUAAAAUCGACCUGAUUUCUUUGUAUUGUGGAUAUUUCGCGGAUUGAACCAAAAGUGGAUUUAAAAGAGGUCGCGUUGACCACAACUGCUCCAAGAUGCUCUUGGUGACCCAGCGGCUAGACACACCUCGCAUGGAGCCUUUGCUGCCUGGAUCGACGAAGAGGAAGUUGGCCGUGGAUGAGGGGCCGAGGCUGCCAAAUGGGGUCUCUAGUGGUCCCAUGACCCAGGGGAGCAGCAAGCGCCCGUGCCUGGAUGAUGUCACACUGGCCAUGGGCCCAGGCCUCCAACACUCACCCUUCUCCUUGGGAGCGGGGGCAGGGCCCCAUGGCCCUCUGCUAGAGGGCAAUGGGCUGAAUCACAACGGCCUGGGCUCCCCAUACUCCGUACCACCAAAAGCCAGCCCCGACUCCAUGGUGGGGGGGACCAUGCAGAACUCAUUUAACCCUGGUGGGGCCAGUACCACCCCCACAGUGGAACAGGAGCUCCAGGACCUUCUGGAGGAACUGACCAAGAACCCAGAUCCAUCCCUCACAGAACUGGACAUCGAGAAGAUCCUGGGGAACAAGGGGGAUGAGCAAGGGGGUGGAUCGGGUGGCUUCGUACACCCUGAAGGGGCGGGGACUCCCAAAGGCUCCCCUCAGGGACCCUCCCAUCUGGAGACCCACCUGACCCGCUCUCCGGGCUUCUCCACGGUGCCUCCAGUAGGAUCCUCCCAGGUCGGUCCCCAUCCCACAGGGGGUGCCUACUCCCUCUCCCACACGGUAAAGGUGGUCCCUUCUCCUCUCUCUGCCUCCUCGCUCUCUGCUUCAUCCUCUCAGAGCCAUACCCAGGGCCAGGCCCGCUCACCCAUGUUGUCUGCAGCGUUGUCCAGUCGUCCUGGUUCUACCUGGCACGAGGUGUCCCGGGCCCAGCAACUGCAGCAGAUGGCAUCCAACAGCAAGCUCCUGUCCUCUGGUGCCGGUCCCUCCUCCAGCCAGCCAGCCCCCUCCCUGCCAGUUCCCCAGGCUGCCCCAUGGGCUGGGCCCUCACCACCUUACCGGCCUGGUGAGAAGCUGGCCAGUUCCUCCCCCCACCAGCCACCUUUCAGUCCAGUGGGAAGUACCCAGAGCCCCCAAGGCUCACUCAUGUCUGGCCUUGGUCCCACACCUCCCAAAGGCCCCUCCCCCCCCUACCGACCUGAGAAGCUGAGCAGCCCUGCCCUGGCCCAGCCCCCCUUCAGUCCACAGAGCAUCCAGAACUCCUCAGCUCCAGUUCUGCCAGGGGCCCUGGCCUCUUCCGGAAAUGCCCGGCCCUCCCCACCCUACCGACCAGAUAAGCGGCCAAGCCCUGUCCUCCAGCACCAGGGCCCGCCCUCGGCCCCACCCACUCACUUUAGCUCUCAGGGCGAGUCGGCCAGUGCUUCUAGCCAGCUCUUCAAGGCCAUGACCCAGAACCAAAGCAGCAGUCUGAAGCUCCUGAUGCAGCAGCAACAGCAGCCAGUACAGUCACCUAUGCAACCACAGACACAGCCUCCCCCAGCUGUGCAGCAGGUCCUGGGCAAAGUGGGCAUGGCACAGGACCCGUACUCCUUCACCAACACCAAGCCGCUACGACAUUUCGACCCCAUCCUGCCUGCCCAAAAUAUCAGCCCCCUGACGCCAGGUCAGGCAUCCCUGAGCCACUAUCCUUCCUCGAGUGUGCAGCCGGCAGUGCCGGCAAUGGCCUCGGGGCAAGCACAGAUGCUGCAGCAGCAGGAGAUGCAGCAAUGCAUGCCACGGGGCAUGCAGGCUGGCGGGAUGAUACCAGGCAGCAGAGCGGAUCCGAGCUCAGCCAUGGUGUCCCGGCCUCAGGAUGCUGUGUCAGUGACCCGCUCCGCCCCGGGAAGCUUCAACCCCAUGCUUAAGAACCAGAUCAUUCGAAAGCACCUCUUACAAGAGACGCAAAGGCACAUGGAGCAGAUGAAUGGAAAGCAGGUCCCAGAAUGUCACCAGGUGGUGCCGUUUCAAGGUACAGGCAGGUUGCUGCCCCCCGAGUGCAACUACCCCGUGGUGCCGCCCUCUGCUGACCCACCCAUGAUGCCUCAUGGCCCUGUGGUGCCCGGCAGGAUAGGCAUUCCCCAAGGGUCACAUGGCCAUGUAGGUCGCCCUGGAGGGCCCUUCAUGGGCAACUCAGGCCCCAAACAACCUCUGUGCCACCCCACGCAGGCCUCUGAGUUUGGCGUGCUGCUGCGGCCUGGGCAGGGGUUCACGGGAGCUGGCCUGCAGACCCGGCCGGUAGUCCAUCAGGCAGCAGCCAGAGCUGGGAUGCCAGUCCCAGUCUUCUCCAGUGCAUCUCUGCAGCCACCACAGCCCCAGCACCUCCGGCACGCUCUCCAGCAGGGCGGCGCUACACCACGCAUGGUCUUUAGCCCCCAACAUCCGCCCCCGCCUCAGAUGCCAGUGUGGCAGCAGCAGGGACCACCACGGCUUACGUGUGACACCCACAUGGACCCGGGACUCCAGCAGCAGGCGUUCACAGGUGGAGGGGGGCGCCUCUCCCAGUUUGCCCAGUCGCCUGUGCGUACAGGGAUGCCGGGAAACUUUGCCCCCCCACAGACAGGUCCACCUCCCAACCAGGUUGCUCCUGGCUUUCCCAGCAGACAGAUGCAGAAGAUACAGACAGGACAUCCCAUCUCCUCAGUCGGCCCCCCAGGACUACGGCCCCGAGGCCCCCUGUUGGCCACGGCUGGGAUGACGCCAGUGACGCCUGGCAUGGUGCACGCAGCCCAGAGUAUAACCCCCAGCUACCCCUCCCCAUCUAGCAAACAUACCCCGGAGGCAGCCUACAGUGGCAGGAACCCCGAACACAAACUCACACCCUAUGAAUACAGCCAUCAGCAGAACAAUGGACUGAUUCCUGAGGCACCAGCAGGUGGCAGUGCAGAGGUGGACUUCAUAGAUACUUUGGUAGGCUCCAACGAGGACUGGUUGAACAAUCUAAGCAUGAUUGAUGAAUACCUGGAACAGAACUCAUGAACGAACCCAGAUGAACGGCCUCUUCAUCCCAGCUUGGACCUGGAUGUCUGCACACUAAGAUCUGUGUGUGCAGGUGCAGGGACAUCUGACCCAUCGCUUAUUUUGUUAAUUUUCUUACAUCAGCCCCCAGAUUUAUGAACUGCAGCAGGAAUGCACGACGAUUCCCUUCUCAAGGUUUAAAGCGCUAAAAUCCAAAAAAACACUGGCCUGUUUUGUUCAUAUAUAAACGUGGAAUUUUGCCUGAAUAGUUCUCCGCUGCCUACAUAGAUUGCUGUUCAGACAGAAGGGUGUCACCCAGCAUUUGGGUACAAUUCCAUGACACAACUCACCCUGACAUGGUUACUCAAGGCCAACUUGCGCUCUGCAACAGAAAUUACAUCAUAUUAGAAAUUCAUAUUAUAAAGUCCUGUUUAAAUACUCAAGCUUGGACUGAUUCUCAUUUCGGUUCCUCAUACAAAUUUGCAUAAUAGACAACUGAUGCAAUGAUGCUUUUUGACAAUUCAUGCACCAUUUGAAUUCUUGGACUGCUUGGUGCUGGUGACAGAUGACCGACAAAGUAAAACCAUGAAGGUUUGACAUCCAAGGAUCUACAAUAUCCAUUCAGUGGAAUGGAUACCAGUACAUUACCAGCAAUAACAUCACAGCACCUUCAUUAUCCCCUCUAGUGAGGUCAGAUUCCCGAUGUUGCCGUGACUGAAUUCCUAAUGACACUACAAGGUGAUUUGUUUGUGAAAUCACAGGGACAUUAAUGUGGCACUUUGGACUGUUGGUCUUUCAGAAGGGGGCUUGUAAAUAAUGAAGUAUUUUGUAAAUUUGGUUUUCUUGAGGUAUAUCAUCUUAGAAAAGAGAAGUAAGCAUAUUUAUCCUUCUUUUUUGGAACAAAUGGAACAAACAUUUGUAAAUAAAAACAAAAAUAAUGUUCAACUGAAAAUGGAAUUAUAGGUCAGAAUGUUUUUUUUUAUUAGGUAAUUCCUUCAUUGCAUUUGUUUUGAAUCUGCGGACUGUACUACAGACUUCUUGGUAAUACUGUGUAUUACAGUGUUGAGCUUUCUGUUAUGUUUUUGACAUAACGUAUCUGGCUUUCUGGUCUUGGGCAGAGCGCUGGAGUAUAGCAGAAGAACCCUAAUGUUCCUUCGUCCCUGUGUCGCACCUCCUGGUCAAAGUGCCUUUCCAUAACCCCCACCACGGGGAAAGAAGCGCGCUUUUAUGUAUCAGGAGCCCGCAAGCGCGCUGAACGAAGCAAAGAGACCGUAAAGUUAGCCGAUCCUCCUGGGCUGCAGACAGCGGAGUCCCCGUCUACUCCCCGGUCUGGUCUUCCUUUUAAAUGUUAAUUUCACAAAACACAAACAGUCAUAUUUGCUGUGCUUCUCUGUGCUGAGGUAUUUUCUGAUGAAAGGGCUCGGGGGGAGAGGCGGCUCGACCUGGGUGUGACACUGGGGUGUGGGGUUUUCGGUUUCAGGAAGUGGCCUGAGAUGGCACUGCUAUACCCACGGCCAUGUUCUAGGCGUCCCUUUAUGAAAAUUACCCAGCGUCUGAAGGGAUUCCAAUAAGCCAUUACUGUCUGCACAUAUUGCUGAUUUCGUUUAUUUUAUCUUGAUAUUUGUUAGGUAAAAAAAAAAAAAAUAAAACUGUAUCCAUGGUCCGGAUUGUGUUUGUCCAAUUUUACAUUAUCUGCUACCUCCAUGCUCUUUCUAUCCCCAUGAAACACUGCCUGCGGAGAUCCAUAUUUUGAAGUUCAGUGGUCAUGUUGGGAACAACAGUAUUGACAUCUAAUAGUGACAUUUUAGACCAAGGGUGGCGCAGUAACUCUGCAGGUCACGCUGCUGACUCACAUCUCCACUCUGACUGUUUGUCUGUGUGUGUGGUGAUGCAUAUAUUACA